UCAUGUUUUCUUUUGGCUCCUUAACACAGCGUACUUGAUGCCCUCUCCCAUGCUUAAAAUCUGCAUUUUUCUCAUCAUUGCACAAUUUCCAUUCUUCUCUCUCACGGUUUUCGGAAUUUCACUUUCACUUACAUUCAUGACCUUGCUUCUUCUUUACUCUACUUGCUACUGUUGAAGGUCUUCCUCACUCUGUAGCUCUACCACUAUCUUUGCCCUCUGUCUUUAUUCACAUGCACGACAAUAUUCUCUUCAUCCCUCUGUACAAGGGGCAGACACUGAAGUAGAAAUAAUAUAUUCUCAUUUUAAAUGAGAUGAACAGACCUACCUUCAUUUUCAUAAUAGGAAUUUGUAUAGGCUUCGUGGUUGGGAUUGGUUUGACAUUAUCCAUAGUACACUGCCUCGUAAGGAGAAGGAAGAAGCCCGCAGAGGUUGAUAAGAGCAUUUCUCACAGAGCAGUGACCAUUCCUGUUAAUGUCAAAGGGUAUGAUUCUAACUCAACAUUAUCAGAGGGUGAGGAGUCACCUAGAACAUCUGAGUGGAGUAACAUGACUUUAUGGUUGGAAAAUCUUAGGAGAAGCAGUGCAAUGUCGGCAUGCGGAAUUCCCAAGUAUUCUUACAAAGAUAUACAAAGGGAUACUUCUAAUUUCACCACCAUCAUUGGCAACGGAGCCUUUGGUCCUGUUUAUAAAGCGCAGAUGGCUACAGGUGGGACAGUUGCAGUUAAAGUCUUAGGUACUAAUUCAAGACAAGGAGAGCAGGAAUUUUUAACUGAGGUUUUAUUACUUGGAAGAUUACAUCACAGAAACCUUGUGGAUUUGGUGGGAUAUGUGGCAGACAAAGGAAAACAUAUGCUUCUUUACACUUACAUGAGCAAUGGCAGCCUUGCUUCCCAUUUGUAUGAUUUCGGAAAAGGUCGUGAGCCAAUGAAUUGGGAUUUGAGGCUUGGUAUAGCACUAGAUGUUGCAAGGGGACUGGAAUAUCUACAUUGUGGGGCUUCUCCACCUGUUGUGCACCGUGACAUCAAAUCUUGCAACAUACUGUUGGAUCAGUUUAUGAAGGCCAAGGUCACUGACUUUGGGCUUUCCAGACCUGAGAUGAUCAUACCUCGCACAUCAAAUAUCCGUGGAACUUUCGGAUAUCUUGAUCCUGAGUAUUUGUCUACAAGAACCUUCACUAAGAAAAGUGAUGUUUAUAGCUUUGGUGUGCUACUGUUUGAGCUCAUAACUGGCAGGAAUCCGCAGCUUGGGCUCAUGGAAUAUGUAAAACUAGCAGCCAUGGAAGGUGGGGGUAAGGUUGGAUGGGAAGAAAUUGUGGACGGGCAAUUAAAUGGAAAAUAUGAUGUGCAUAAUCUUAACGACAUGGCUUCACUUGCAUUCAUAUGUGUUAAUGAAGUCUCCCAAAGCCGACCAACGAUGUGUGAAAUUGUUCAAGCAUUAUCUCAGCUUUGUAAGAGGAAUGGUAAAAAUCUUGGCCGAACAUCAUCUGCUGCUGCAUUAAAGGAUGUGUGUAUUGAAGUGGACCAGAUUGAAACUAAGGACUUUACAUCAACUGCGAGUACAGAUAUAUUGGGAAGAUUGCAUAGCCGAUGAUCUUUGAGAGUCAGCUACUGCUUUUGGAUGUGUAAAUACCUGCUUUCUAUUUUGUUUAAUCAGUUAACAAUCCAACCUUUUUACCAUACUGGAAUUUUGUAGAUAAUUGCAUAACCAAUGAAUCUUUGGUGAAUCUGCAAAUGCCUUUGAAGUUUGGAUGGUAAA